GACGUCUCCAUCCGGGGACGUGACACGCACUCGUUCUCUAAUCAUGGCGGCGUCAGCUAAGAAGAACAAGAAGAAGGGAAAGACCCUUACCCUGACUGACUUCUUAGCAGAGGACAGUGGUGGGAGUGCUCCCUCCAGCUACCCGCCCCCCAAGCCCACCAGCUGGGCAGACGAAACAGAUGACCUGGAGGGAGAUGCAGUAACCACGUCCUGGCACACGGAGGAUGACGUGUAUCGCGCACCCCCCAUUGACCGCUCCAUCCUUCCAACGGCGCCACGCGCAGCCCGCGAGCCCAACAUCGACCGCUCCCGUCUGCCCCGCAACCCCCCCUACACCGCCUUCCUAGGCAACCUGCCCUAUGAUGUUACCGAGGACUCCAUUAAGGAUUUCUUCCGGGGCCUCAGUAUCAGUGCGGUUCGUCUCCCGCGGGAGCCCAGUAACCCAGAGAGACUGAAGGGCUUCGGCUACGCAGAGUUUGACGAUGUGGAGUCUCUUCUGCGGGCCCUCAGUCUCAACGAGGAGAACUUGGGGAAUCGCAGGAUCCGUGUGGACAUUGCAGAUCAGUCCAAUGAGAAAGAGAGGGAUGACCGGUCCACAAUGGGGCGGGACCGCAACCGUGGCGGUGACUUGGGACCUGACAAGACCGACUCGGACUGGCGGGCGAGGCCGAGCACCGACACGGACGAAGGACCGCGCCGAGAUGACUCGUAUGCAGAACGGUCCAGAGAUCGUUACAAGUCAGACCGGUACCGCGACGGUCCACGGCGGGACAACGAUCGCUACGACAGCGGCAGAGACAGAUAUCGGGACCGCUACGAUGAUCGCAGAGACUACGACAGAGCUGGCUACGAAUCGCGCAGCACGGGGCGGCGGCAGUUCGGCAGUGGCUUCCCCCGCGACUAUGACGACCGGCGGGACGACUACCGGGGCAGCGGUGACCGUUACGGAGAUCGCUACGGAGACCGGGAUGACAGAUACGAGAGACGAGAGGAGAGGCGCGAGGACCGAGGCCCCCCUCAGAGGCCCAAGCUGAACCUGAAGCCACGCAGCGUCCCCAAAGACGAGGAGGCGGGCAGCUCCCCCACCACUCCGUCCAGCCGCAGCGCCUCCAUCUUUGGCGGGGCCAAGCCCGUGGACACGGCCGCGAAGGAGAGGGAGGUGGAGGAGAGGCUGAAGAGAGAGCAAGAGAGGCUACAGAGACAGCUGGAUGAGGAGAAGGGCAGAGGGCCUGAACGCAAGCCAAGAGAGAGGCAUCCCAGCUGGCGAAGCGAGGACCAGGCCACAGAGCGCUCCCGCACAGGAAGUGAGUCGUCGCAACCAGGAACUACUACAAGCAGAGGCUCCAGGCGCCGGGAGAGCGAGCGCUCGCUGGACAACGAGGUGUUUGGCGGCUGCGACGAGGAGCCGCCCUCUCCGAGCAGUCAUGCCCCCUCUCCCAGGCAGGAAGGGCUCCCACUGAAGGUGGUUCCGGCCCCGCCUCCCAAGGAGAACGCCUGGGUGAAGAGGAGUGCCAUGAGUGGGGGCUCCAGCGAGAGCGAGGCCAAGCCUGCCGUCUCCCCCACCAGCGCUGCCCCGGCCAAAAGCUCUACAAGCUCAGCCGAUGAAAGAGUUCCCCAGAAAGGUAAAGAUGAGAACAAGGCAGACGGUGUGCAUCGGGACAGGGGCCCCUCACGGGGCCGUGGUGGGGCCUCGGGUCCUGGAGCAGGGAGAGGCCGUGGGGACGCCUCCAGCCGAGACCGGCGGAAGGAAACAGACAGAAAGGACGUCAGAAGAGAGCGAGAUCUCAGACCAGCACCAGAGCCAAAGAAAUAUGAGGAAUCUCCCAGUCCUAAAUUCAGCUCGGCCAGUAAAUACGCAGCCUUGCUAAUGGAUGGCGACCAGGGAGAAGACGUUGAGGAAAGAGAUUGAGUGGUAGACGGACGGACUGCACUGAAGACGGUCAAAAAUGAAAUCUGAAUGAAUUCUCCAGCUUCCCCACCCCACCCCACCCCCCUUUCCCAUGCAACACUGAAGGUCCCAGCUCUACUCCAUUAAAGCGACAUCCUUGCCCAAGAGCUUCCUUUUCCAGGACUGAAAGGAAGCGAGUGUGGGGAAAAUAUCGGACUCAUUUUUGAAAUAAGCGGACAUGUGGGAAGUUGGAUAAAAUGAUCAUGACGACUAAUAAAGAAGUGGGCUUCAAAAGAGAGACAAUCUGAUGGCGUUGUUGCGGUCACUUCCGCGUACGUGGCACCUCGCGUGCAUAUCUAGUUGUAGCUUAACAAAGUGGAGAGUGCCACAAGGUAGGUUUCAUACCAAAGUUGGGUGUCUAGUUGCAAAGGGUUUUUGCUUGUUUUCCUUUACUCACAGGACCGCGUCAGAAAACCUUGUGGCGGUCCUAGCUGACUUCGUGUCUUAAACCAUAGCGUACUAUCAUAUGAGGCUUGUAUCAGGGAUGACUUCCUACUACUUGGGUGCCAGAAAGCAAACAUUUCCCACCACAUGCAAAUCAGUUUUUGCAAACUCCAUCAUGGCAACUUUUUUUCUUUUUUUGGUCCACCUGGCACGUUUCAUCUUGCUGAUCCGUUCAUUCUUGCGGACAAGUUUAUUGAGCUACCUCUGUGGCCUGAUGUGCCGUCAGAACAAACGUUUUGUAUCAAAAGCCUCACAUUCAAAUGGGAUGUUCCUUUGCCCAGUAUAUUCUGCUGAUUCAGACGUUGGUGACCUAAAUUGCUUUUUGAAUCACUCAGUGCCCUUUGUGUGCGUUCUGAAUAAAGGUUUUAAUAACAGUUAUAAAGUCUGUA